GCACAUUUAUCAUUUCAACACUAUUACAGUUAACAUGCCCAGGACGGAGAUUCAAGCGAAUCGUCUAUUAUUGGGUACAAAAAUAUCAUUGAUUACCAAUGCACAGUAUCGGUAUGAAGGAGAAGUAGCAGCGAUUGAUGCAAUUGAAGGUACACUGACUUUACAAAAUGUAAGAUUUUGUGGUAAUGAAAAUCGCAUACUACCCAGUGGUACAAAUCAAAAUGGUGAAAAUAAACCACCGGCUAUUGGAAAUUUUUUUGACUCGAUUACAUUUUGGAUAUCAAGUAUCAGUCGAAUAUUGUCGUUGGAUGAUAUGAAAACGGGACAAAAUGAGUUAGGUGAUAAAACCGUUUUGAGAGCAACUGUUUCAGUGGAUAACCGUCGAGAUAGAGGACGAAGUCAAAGAAAAUGGUGGUACGCUUUUGGAGAUCAGCAACAUUUCAUGAAAGUAAAUGCAUUAGGAAAUGGCCGUGCUAUUGGGAAUGCGUCAGCAACAAUCAACCGCUUCAAUAGUUCUUCUACUCAAUAUAUUGCGUCUCAACCACGUAUGCUUGUAUCUUACCCUCGUAGAGGUCGUGGUGUUGGAUUGUUGUUAAGACAAACGAAUUACGUACCUGUUGUUCCAAUUGCUGCUACUCCAGGGAAUCUACAUAAGCCUGGUCUUUCUGCGACCAUUAGAAAUGCACCAUUUAAACUUUUGACUACUCCGAUUAGAUCUAGGGUUGGUCCUUUCGCUCCACGAGGUGGUGGAAGAAAACGAGGUCAAUCUAUAGGACGAAACACUAAUAAGAAUGUUCGAAGGUUUGUGCCGACUGCUAUGAAUCCUCGUGGUGGAGUGUAUGCUCAUUUUCCUUCGGAAGUGGCAACAACAUAUCAACCAAGAUCGACCAACUUGGUACCAUCUUGCAUGGGGAUUAACAGACGCCGAAUACCAGAAAGAAGAGGGAUUACAAGAGAUAAUGUCAGUGUUCAACCGGAAAUCGACUGUACUAAACCCUACGAUUUUGAAACAGCAAACGCUGAAUUGGAAGCUGAGUUGGCCAAAAUAAACUUAAAUGUAGAUGCAGUAUCGGUAGCUACUACAAGACACGAUUCAGUGAAAGAAGAGUCUUUUGGAGUAGACCAAGCCGCAUCGACUGGCGAUGAAAUUGGCAGCAAGCGAUCAGUGUCAUCAGCAACAUCAAGGACGAUUCUAACAGCAGCAACAAACGAAAAUGGUGCAUCUGGAGACUCUUCAUCUGCAGUAGUUAUUUCUACUGUACGAAACAACGUGGAUGCACAUACGACUGAAAGUCAAAAUCCACUUGAGAGUACCGGGACUUUAGCCAAGUGAGUUUAACUUUUUACGCUUGUAUUAUCAGGAAAAAGAACACAAUAUUUGCGUCAGUGGUUUAGACUAGUUAUAUCAUUGAAAUCUAAUGAUGACUAUUCUCAUGAAAAAUGAUUCCUACAGCGUAAUUAUAGUUCCUUCAAAAGUUAGAAAAAAUAGACAUUGAAAAAGUGACUAGUGGAUAUUUUUAUUGCUUCAAAGUAUUUCUCGGUGGGUGAACUACUCAAGUGACUUUUAAAUGAAACGCCAUAGGAUUUUUCAUAAACUUUCAGAACCAGAUAUGUCUUUUUCUGCAAUCUAUCGACAGUUUGUAUCCGUCAUAGGUUGAAAGAGGCUGAACAAGAAAAUUUUGAUUACAAACUAGAUGUCUAGCUACAUUCUGCAUUAGUCACAGAAUACUAUUGCUUCAAUUUACUCCUGACAGAAUCCGAAUAAUAGGCUUGAAUGGUAUCCGAGUUGAAAAGAAUGAAGUUGGAAACAAAUCAACUGAAUGAUAUGAAAGGUAGGAGCGAAACACCAUUACAAGUCUUUCCAAUCUACGUUGAAUAAGUAGUAUAAGACUUACUAUGAAGUUUUCCUUAAUCUCGAAGAUUAAAUUAUGGAGGAAAUAAAACCGGAUGAAUGAACUCCCGUAAAUGAAACACUUAUUUUUUUAAAUUAAAACUAAUUUCAACAUGGAUAUAUGAAGUAAAUAGCUCUUACUUAAAUGCUUACUACUAUAAUAAUAUGAACAGACUAAAAGUGAACUAGUAUUCUUAGUAUACAACUUCACAUGAAUCUUUAAUCUUCAGGAAAUUGGAGUAUGAGCUUCACUGAACAUUAAUUCGUAAAUCCAACACUGAGUUGACCUUAAGAUUUAGAAACUUAGUUUCGCUCUGAGAGUUUCCAUUGGAUGUGCGGUUUCCGAAAAUAAAUCAUAAGAGAAUUUGCAUGUAAAUGAAACCACUAAAGUGGAAUCGGUCUUACACUUUACAAAAAAUGAUAAAUUACACACACUGGAGAAUGAAAGGCCUAUAAUAUAAACAGUUCGCUUUAACUUGGAUAAUCAUGAGCACUAAAUUAAGUAUCAGAACAUAAGGUGUAUAUGCAACCUAGGUUUCUGUACAAUAUUACCUGGUAAGGUACCUAGUGAUGUUUUCACAAAUCUUCACAGGAAACAAAAUACUUUUAUGCAUUUCAGAGGUGAAUACUACGUUCGAGAAAAGUGCUUUUUCGACCAGAUAAGUAGAUCAGGAGGUGGCGCAAAAGGUCCUACAGGUUUUCAGGGUGGACGGGGGAAAUGUGGAUACUCAGGAAACACCAAGUAUCCACUGGUUCUUUUACGCAAGGACUUCUACCCAAUGCAAGUAGUAAUGCUGUUGGAGUCAAUUCACCUUCAGCUGCAAGGCGAGAACGUAAACUAAACCUUGAAACAUUCGGUCCAAUGGCAGCUAGAACACUUGUCUCUCGUCGUCGACCGACUGGUAGUGUACCUCGAGACUUCCUAGUUUCUGCUUCGGCAUGAGGUAAAAGUGUCAAGUCUUAUAAAAUGUAGUGACGAAAAUUUCGUUUACUCCAUUUUCUUAUAAUAAUAAUAUACAAUCGGUUGAUUAUUUGGUAAAAUUGUGAACAAUACGUUCUGUGACAAUUUUUUGUGACUCAAUUUCCUGUACUCAAAAUAUUUGUUGGUCUCGAAUCAUGUCUUGUUUUAC